GCUCACGCUUGCUUCUGACACAACCGUGUUCACCAGCAACCACAAACAGACACCAUGGUGCAUCUGACUGCUGAUGAGAAGGCCGCCGUCACCGCUCUGUGGAGCAAGGUGAACGUGGAAGAUGUUGGUGGUGAGGCCCUGGGCAGGUUGCUGGUCGUCUACCCAUGGACCCAGAGGUUCUUUGACUCCUUUGGGGACCUGUCCACUCCUGCCGCUGUUAUGAGCAAUGCUAAGGUCAAGGCCCAUGGCAAGAAGGUGCUGAAUGCCUUUAGUGACGGCAUGGCUCAUCUGGACAACCUCAAGGGCACCUUUGCUAAACUGAGUGAGCUGCACUGUGACAAGCUGCAUGUGGAUCCUGAGAACUUCAGGCUCCUGGGCAACGUGCUGGUGUGUGUGCUGGCCCACCACUUUGGCAAGCAAUUCACCCCACAGCUGCAGGCUGCCUAUCAGAAGGUGGUGGCUGGUGUGGCUGCUGCUCUGGCUCACAAGUACCAUUAAUAUUGUGUUCUGUUUCCUGGUGACCACUGAAAGACCUUAUUUCCCUAGAUUCUAUCUUCCAAACUUGGGGGAAUAAUGCCUACUUCAAGGGUAUGGCUCCUGCCUAAUAAAGAACUUUCAGCUCAA